AUGCACAGAAAGAACUGUGAUCUUGAUAGAAUAGUUUUACCAGAGAUCUCAAAAUACCCGUACUAUCAAAGAUAUAAUGGAGUUGAUCAUUUAUUCAUACAAUUAUUGUUUACCCAUAAUAAUAUUCCAAUUACUCCAGAUCAUGAAAAGAACCUUUCAUCAAUGUUAACAUUAGGUGAUCUGAAGUGGAAUUAUACUAUUUUCACGCCAAGAGAAGUAUGGCGUAAUACAAUAAUGCCUUAUAAUUCUAAUUUUGAUAUUAUUGACACUUUUGAGUCCAAAGAUAGACCAAUGAGACUUUUCCUUAUAGGACAAUUCAACUUACAAGCUUUCGAUCGGCGUUCACGUGUUAUUCGACGAGCAUUAUUAAGAUUCCUUCAAAGUUUACCUCAUAGCACUGUUAUACAGACAAUGCGUAAGUCUACAACACAUAAUGCCGGUCUAUUUGAUAUAGAAAGCUUCAUGCGACAUAGUGAUUUCUGCACAGUUCCUCACGGAGAUGGCCCAGCCUCAAAAAGGCUUUAUGAUUCAUUUAGAACAGGAUGCAUACCACUUGUUAUGUCCGAUGAACUCAGAUUCCCUUUUGAAGCAGUUUUCUUAGAAUAUAAAGAUUUCAUCACUCAAGUUCCAGCUUAUCAUCCAAGAUUAGUCGGAUUAGCUGUUGGAUGCAACAAUGGCAUGAAGCAUCGUCAGUUUGUUCGAAGAAGACUUCGAGAAGUUGAUUCUUUACUUAGAGUUUAUAAAGGAAUUGAUGAAGUUCAGCCAACAAAUGGAGAUUUCCUUUGGGGAUGGGGAUGGAUGCAAUUCUUUAAAGCAGCAACUGUAUCUUCCGUGAAGAGAAGAUCUUUGCUGAAAUCAAAAUAUAUUUUAGAUUAA